CUCCUUCCCUCCCUCCUAGGAUCCUAAGUGAAGUCAUCGUGCCCUGAUCUGGUCUUUUUAAGGCGGUGUUUUUAAGAGGGAGGUUCCUGCCAGGCAAAGAGCUGCUCUCAGUCCAGCAUCAGUCUGCACCUAUUGCACUCAAGUCCCAUUCCUACAAACAGGAGUCGGCAUGGCAAACAAGGGCCCCUCAUACGGGUUGAGCAGACAGGUGCAGGACAAGAUCGACAGCAAGUAUGACCAGGACCUGGAGCAGGUGCUGGUUGAGUGGAUCUCCCGCCAGUGUGGUACUGAGGUGGGCAAACCUGAACCAGGCAAGAUGGGCUUCCAGGCCUGGCUCAAGGACGGAUGUGUGCUGAGUGAGCUGAUCAACAGUCUGGUUCCUGGAGAUAAACCAGUGAAGAAGAUCCAGAGCUCGACCAUGGCCUUCAAACAGAUGGAGCAGAUCUCGCAGUUCCUCAGCGCUGCAGAGAAAUAUGGAGUCACCAAAACAGACAUGUUCCAGACCGUCGACCUCUGGGAAUGUAAAGACCUCGCUGCUGUCCAGAGAACCCUGUCGGCUUUGGGCAGUUUGGCCGUAACCAAAGAAGAGGGCACAUACAAGGGAGACCCCAACUGGUUCUUCAAGAAAGCACAGGAAAACAAGCGUGAGUUCAGCGAUGACCAGCUGAAGGCGGGGAAGAAUGUGAUUGGUCUACAGAUGGGCUCAAAUAAAGGGGCGUCGCAGGAGGGCAUGAGCUAUGGACGACCAAGACAGAUCCUUUAAACACCACUCCACAACAAUACAAACCUCCACCUGUUUAAUGUCGCCUGUAAACACUUCAAUCUGGUGCAUUUUUAUCCAACUAGUUUUGAAUUGAAAUAUUGUUCCUACACUCCAAAAUUUAAAAGCCAACAUAAAUUAGACAUGAUUUUGCAUCUAAAGAUUUAUGUUUAUUAAAACCAAAAAAAUUGAGUUAUGUAAUUUUAAUUGUUACAUUGAAUGAGCAUAACAUUUUAGACAGCAACAGAUUAAGUCAUAUAUUUAUAUAAAGUCAACAUUUCUUUUCAUUGGUCAUAAAUGCUAAAUCUUGCACUGCAUUUCUGAGUAUUUUCAGUCUUAACCCUAUGCACAAAAAGCCAAAAGGAACUAACUAAAGCCAGUACUAGCUAGCACUAUUGAAUACUAAAAUUAAAUAUCUGCUUCCCAUAUCUGACAACUAUUACUUUGUCAUUACGCAACUUAUUAAUGUUUUUAAAUUAAACUCUAUACAUAUAAAAUUAUGCAUUCAAGAUACUGUUCAUACAUGCAACUCCCGGUAACUCUGCAUGCUGUUUGAGCGCUGUUUUUUGUACAUUUUCUUAUUAAAUGAUGAUUUGCGAAAA